AUGGAUGUGUUCUUUGAGCCUACGAGGGGUAGGCCAUUUGGCAUGGAAUUAGGCUACUUCGACACAGUUGCGGAGAUCAAAGAGAAGAUCCAGAAAGAUCAAGGUAUACCUGUAUCCAAACAGAUUCUGAUUUUCAAUGGCCAGGUUCUUCGCGAUGAUCUCAACGUCCAUUUCUCCGAGAUACUGGAUCGUUCCAGAAUUCAGCUCGUCGUCUCUACGGAUUCUGAACAACUUCGCACCAAAAGUGAAGAGACGUCGGCGGCGGCGGCGAGGAAAGUGCAGCUCCGGCUGAAGUUGCCGACGUCGAAGCUCGGCGUAACACUUGAACCGGAUGCGAGCGAUACGAUUAGGCGCCUCAAGGAGAGAAUCCACGAGAUGGACGGGGUUCCAAUUAACAGACUCGUGCUCCGUGAGGACGGAAACGAAUUGCACGACCACCGAAGUUUGCAGGAUUACGAUCUCUCGGAUCGGUCCGAGAUCGAAAUCGGCGUUAGGCCGUCGCCGACGACUUCAUCGUCGACGGGAUCUGGAAACGCGGCGAGCUCGAAGAAGUUGAGAGUGAUGGUGUUGACGAAGUGCGGGACCAGGAAGAUUGCGGUGGAGGUGAAUGCAUCGGAUAACGUGGGAGAGUUGAGGAAGGAGCUGCAGAAACUGAGUCAACGUCUCAAUUUUCAUCUCCCUUCGGACGGAUAUUUUUUCAUCUACAAGCAGAAUGUGAUGGAUGAAGAUCGGUCGUUCCGAUGGCACCAUGUAGGCCAAGGUGAUACCCUUGAGAUCUUCAGUGGUAGUGUCACUGGCGGAUCCUGAAUCUCAUCUUCUCUCUGUUUUUUAAGUUUUGUGAUGACGAGAUUAGCUAGGGACCUAGGGUUAUAUGAAUAUGAAAUAAGCGAGUACAUGAUCGUGACAUGAAGAUUCUUGAACAUAGAGUCAUCUUUGA